AUGCCACACGUCACGAAAACCUCCGAGUCUGUGCUGGCCUAUGUCAACUGUCACCUGCCACCAGCCAAGGGCGAAAAGUAUCCAGUCCAAUACAUCGCUACAGUAGGCUUCCAGCGGGCGAAGUAUGAUAAGCAAUUGGUCAACGUCACCGACAGUCGUACGUGUGAGGACGACUUCAAGCUUGACACCCACGGCUUUCAGUGGGUUGAGAGCACGAUCCAAGAGAAGCAGUGGGACGGCGACUAUCGAUUUGGACUGCCCCCUCAACUGCAGAAAGAUGUCCAAGAUCUUCUGAAGCGACACACAGGGGCGACAUACGUCCAUCCCUUCGCUCCUCAUGUGAUUCGCCGUGACAGUCACCAAAAGAUUGUCAACAUUGAGGAUGAUGUCCCUGACGAUGCAAUGCUGAAUAUGCAACCGCCUGCAAUGUUUGUCCACGUCGAUCAAUCCUACGACGGGGCUCAAAUCAUCCUUGACAGACUUCCCGAAGCAGAGAUGCUUCGUGCCAAGACACAUAACCGUUGGGGUAUCAUCAAUGUCUGGCAGCCUCUCAAGCCUGUCAACCGUGAGCCUCUCGCUGUCUGCGACGCCCGCAGUGUUGACGAGUCUGACCUUGUUCCCGUCACUACCCGCAUUGUAAUUGGAAAGCCCCCCAACACCAUGAACAAAGACAAUGAGCAGUGGCAUAUGAAGGCAAGCCCCAAGCAUAAGUGGUACUAUGCGAGCAAUAUGACGACAGACGAGGCGCUAUUGAUCAAGUGUUUCGACUCAAAAAUGGGCUCGAAUGAACAACCCAACCGCCUGCUGGCGUACAACAUCUACGUCUACAAAAAGCCAGACAUGGAUGAGCAAAGCCAUCACCACCACCUAGAGCAUGUCAACAGCCCAAUCAUCACAUCUCUUCUCAAGAAGUACGGCGCGGUCUCUUACAGUGUGACGCACAACGACUCUACUUCCAAAGCGGCAUUCAAGCGCCUGUUUCCUAACGCGCCAGAAGCCAUGCUGUUGGACUACGACAGCGUCAUCUCGAUGAUCGUCCCAAAUAUUGAGUGCAUUGAGAAAAUGCGCGAAGACCCCGAUUUCAUGAAAAAGUUCAUCCCGGAUCAUUUCAACUUUGCUGACAUGAGCCGAAGCAGAUGCAUUGUUGGUUGGGUGGAAAACUACAACUUCCAGAACGGACUCAAUUAUGCCACGAAGGACGAGCUUGCCUUCCUGGACACCGAUAUCCAAAGAAAGCUCACAGUCUCCGGCGACACCGUCGAGUACAAAGCGACUGCAGAAGUUGACAAGGAAAAGGAGGCUGAAGAGCGCGCCAAGCUCGAUGCCAUUGACAACCAUAAUGUGUCUGCUUACACCGUGACGCUCAACUACCGCCUCGACCCCAGAAAGGGCGGAGACGAGAUGAUUUGGGGCGGCACCUUCGCGCAGAUGCGACGCAAGUACGACCCCCGCGAGGUCGUCAUCCAAAACGCCAGAGGAAAGGAAAGCGAGUUCAGUCUCGAUAAGACUGGAUUCCAGUUCGAACACUUUCCUACGUCAUACAAAGACUUUCCCUGGAGCCCCAUCGACGAGCACCUCAACAAGGUGUACAAUGCGGAGUGUGAGGAGUUCAUGAGAAAGAUCACCGGGGCUUCUGACGUUCGCUUGAUCUCCCACAUCAUCCGCCAACGCCAAUGGGAAAAGACCGACCCUGAAGAAGAGGCCAAAAAGCCCGACAUGGCCAUGACUGAUGGAGGUCUUCUGUCCGCAAGAUUCGUGCACAUUGAUCAGUCUGACCUCGGCGCCAUCCGCCGCCUGUACGACGACAUGCCCCCCGGUGAGGGCGCCAAGCACGAUGGCAAGCACCGCUGGGCCAUCAUCAACCUCUGGAGACCUUGGGAGCAGGUCCACCGCGAACCCCUCGCGCUCUGCGAUGCCAGGUCAGUGCGGGACGACGAGCUGCACGACACGAUGCACUGCGUGCCCUUCCAGUGGCCGCGAAAGCCCACAGAGAACCACAUGUGGCAGAUUGCGCCGCCUGAGAGCUCAACUCAGCACAAGUGGUGGUUCAGGAGCGGCAUGACCAGGGACGAUGUCAUUUUGAUCAAGAUUUUUGAUUCUAAGAAGGACGGAAGAGCGCGCCGUACACCGCAUAGCGCUUUCCCUACCCCUGAUGACAUUGGCCCUGCUCGUCGCAGUAUCGAGACCAGGUUUUUCGUCUUCUGGGAGGACGAGAGCUGCGAAUAG